AUGUUUCCUGGUCGAUAUUCUACUUCAAAACAAGAUUCGGAUGGUGACAUUAAUACUCUUCUAUUACCUUCGGAUGGUGAUGUUGCGUUAAGUAAACUCGGCUAUUAUGAUCAAGGAAGAAAUGAAAUAUCAGCUGGUGUCAGUUUAUUUUGCGAUGCAUUCGACGGUAUUUUUAAGGGAUUUAUCAGAGGAACAGGUGUAUCUCAAAUGAAAAUAGAUUGUCCAUUAGCACUAUUUAAUAUGUUUGUCGCCAGUAUUGCAAUCAAAACGGCUCAUAUGCUACAACGUUUUUAUGAAACAAACGAACAAGACGGUGUAUACGGUCGAGUAUUUUUCACCUGGUGCCCAACUCUUACUGAAUUACCACCAUGCAAAACAGUAAGUUUUACAAAUAUUGCAUCUUUUUUACAUUUUACUGUUAGUGUAUCAACCUUUUUUUAUCAAUCAAUUUCAAUUGCAGCAUUCACCACACAAGUCAGAUUAUAUUAA